GACAGCGCUACGUUUCAUUCAUUUGUGAAGUAGAUAGUGUGAACUUGUGAGUUGUGUUGUGAGUGGAUAUAUUAAGACUUUCAUCUAGUUAUUAGUGGAUUUCUAAUUAAACCUACUAUUGAUAAAUCAUCAAAAUGGGAAAGGAUUAUUACAAAAUAUUGGGUCUUUCGAAAGGAGCGACAGAUGACGAGAUCAAAAAAGCUUAUAGAAAAUUAGCACUAAAAUACCAUCCGGAUAAAAAUAAAGCCCCCGGGGCAGAGGAAAGGUUUAAAGAAGUAGCGGAAGCUUACGAAGUACUGUCGGACAAGAAAAAGCGCGAAAUCUAUGAUGCUCACGGGGAGGAAGGACUUAAGGGAGGAAUGGGUGGACAGAAUGGACCAGGAGGUGGCCAGUCGUUUUCGUACACGUUCCAUGGAGAUCCGAGGGCGACCUUUGCACAGUUCUUUGGUUCAGCGAGCCCGUUCCAAGCAUUCUUCGAUCUGAACGGCACAGGUGGAACGACGAUGUUUUUCGACCGCGACAUGGAUGUUGACAUGGACCCGUUCGCGAACAUGGGUAUGGGACAAGCAAGACCAGGUGGCCCCGGUGGCGCCUUCAGAAGUCACAGUUUCAAUUUCCACGGGUCUCCUAACAGAAAAGAGAAGACUCAGGAUCCGCCAAUAGAACAUGAUUUAUACGUGUCGCUUGAAGAUAUUUCCCGUGGUUGCGUAAAGAAAAUGAAGAUAUCUCGUCGUGUCAUCCAACCAGAUGGUACAUCGAAAAAGGAAGACAAAGUGUUGACCAUCCAUGUAAAACCUGGUUGGAAAGCCGGUACAAAAAUAACGUUCCAGAAAGAGGGUGACCAAGGGAGAAACAAGAUCCCAGCUGAUAUAGUGUUUUACAUUAGAGACAAACCUAAUCCAUUGUUCAAGCGAGAAGGCAGUGACAUCAGAUAUACAGCCAAAGUUUCACUCAAACAGGCUCUUUGUGGGACAAUAAUUGAAGUGCCAACCAUGUCUGGAGAAAAACUGACUGUCAACCUUCAAGGUGAAGUGGUGAAGCCAUACACUGUGAAACGAUUCCCUGGUUAUGGACUUCCAUUCCCUAAGGAACCUACAAGGAAAGGUGAUCUGCUUGUUGCAUUUGACAUCAAAUUCCCAGACCGCCUGAGUUCAGGAGUGAAAGAAAUCCUCAUGGAUACAUUACCAAAUUAAAAUAUUGAAGACUUGGAAAUCUCAUUAAUGACUUAGGAGUAUUGUAGCCCAUUUGAUCAUGAGGACUGCACUUUAAAGCUCAACUGUUACAAUGGGACAUUCCUAUUAGGUUUUCAAUAUAAAACUUACUCAUUUUAUGUUUGGGAGGACAAGAGUAAGUCGAGAGUUGUUGCAGAAACUACAUUCUGGUAAUGAGCACACUCAUAUAUAAUGCUCACUAUCCUCUGCAUAAUAACUCUGACUAUUAAUAUACAGAUUCUAUUCUUCUUUGAGUAAGAUGCUCUGCAUUAUAGAAAAAGAGAUAAUUAAUUUAUUGACAAAUAUUGUCUGUUUAUGAUAGUUAACAGAAUUAGCUAAUCUUGAGUGUCUGAGAUUUUUCAUGCGUUUUAGGAUGAAAAGUGGAAUGGUUGUGAAAGUUUAUUCCGAGUGUAUUAUUUAAUUUUGUAAGAUGUAAAUAUUUAAGUUGUGUAAAUAUUUUGAUUAGGGCAGUGAUUGUAAGUUUUAGGUUCAAUAUUUCAUACUGAAAUAAAACUGACAAUUGUAGUUUCCAAUUAACAUUGAUUCAAAUACCUAAUUGCAAAAGUUGUAUAUGUAGUAUAGUAUUUUAAAGACUGUAAUCCUCUAUUCAUUGUUUGAUUGACAAAUAUAAACUUAUCACUUAUAAUUACU